CAGAAGUGUGAAACUUGAAAAUUACAAUUUACUGUUAAAAAUAAUAAUAAUAAUGACGUAAAACCAAAAAACGAGAGGUCUAUUUAUAAAAGACUGGAUGCUCUUCUUAGUCAUUCAAGAGACCAUCUAAAAUUAAGUGAAAUAUUCUGCGAAUUAGAGAGAUCGUCCCUCAUAGUCACUACUUCCAUUUAAGUAAUAUAUUUUCAUUUACAAUCAUUGUAGCUCUUCUUCUCCUUUCAUAAGGUGAACGUGGUGAUAUCGGAUUGUGGACUGAGAUAAAUUAUGGGGAGGGCAACGUGGUUCGAAGCCGACGGAACGAAGAGAGGAGAAUGGACGGAGGAGGAAGACCGCAAACUCAUCGCUUAUAUCGACGUAUACGGCAUCGGUGACUGGCGUUUUCUCCCUCACAAAGCUGGUUUGCAGAGAUGUGGAAAGAGCUGCAGAUUAAGGUGGUUUAACUAUCUAAGGCCUGGGGUCAAGAAAGGCAAAUUCACUCCUCAAGAAGAACAAACAAUCAUCAGUUUCCAUUCUACUCUUGGCAACAGGUGGGCAACCAUAGCGCAGCAAAUGCCAGGUCGAUCAGACAAUGACAUCAAGAACCAUUGGAACUCUUGUCUUAAGAAAAGACUCGAGAGAAACGGAAUCGACCCAAUGACUCACAAGCCAAUCAUCAACCUCGCCGUCAAAACACAGUCGUCCAACACAGAUUGCGGUAGCUCUUCCUCCUCUAUGGCGAGUCCACCUUCUUCUUCCUCCCCCUCCGGCUCGGUCCGACUCCUUAACAAGAUCGCCACUGGUAUCUCAUCUAGACAACAUGGUGUCGACAGGAUUAAGAACAUCUUGUCGGAUCCGAGCAUCGCAAGCAUUAAUAGUCAAGAAGAAGAAUUUGAGCAGUUGAAGAAAGAUCAUGGGAAGAUGUUUGCUAGUGAUGAUCAAGAAGAAGAUGAUUUUCUGAUGUGGGACGAGGAGAAAGUGAGACAUUUCAUGGAAGAAAUUGACGUCACGAAUUUCGAAACCAACUUUAACCCUAGUUCACCACCACCUUAUGGUGUUUAUGAGACUGGCCUAUUUGAUAAUCAUCUCAUUUGAUUAAUCAAUGGUUUACGGUGUGAGCUUUAUCAUUUGUGUAUUUACCUACGGCACAUUUUUCAUUUCGUACGUUGUUGUGACAAAUUAAGAGUAAUAUUCAUAAAUAUUGUACCGACCAAGAGAAUAAUUUCCAAAAUGUCACGUCUCUAUAUUACAUAUAGAUAAUAUAGAACAUGGGUGCAGUGAA